ACAUGCGCCAUUCGCGCUGCAGCGCAGGCAAAAAUUCCAUGCCGGUGAUCCCGCUCCUAUUUAAGAUCACUCGCAUUUCUUCAUAGUUACUACUACCACUGUCACUAACUACAUUGCAGCAACUCGGCGAGCUAGUCCACCUGCAAGAUUCAUGGCGAUGUGGAAGAAGAAGAAGACACCGAGCAUUCUGCCGCUCGUCGUUGUCAUCGCCGCGGCGUCGCUCAUCGCGCCGACGACGGCAGGCUGGUCCAGUGGCACGGCCACGUUCUACGGCGGCAGCGACGCCUCCGGGACGAUGGGUGGGGCGUGUGGGUACGGGAACCUGUACUGGUCGGGGUACGGGACGAACACGGCGGCGCUGAGCUCGGCGCUGUUCAACGACGGCGCGUCGUGCGGGCAGUGCUACCAGAUCGCGUGCGACCACCAGGCCGAGCCGCGGUGGUGCCUGCAGGGGAGGACGGUGACCAUCACCGGGACCAACCUGUGCCCGCCCAACUACGCCCUCUCCAGCAACGACGGCGGCUGGUGCAACCCGCCUCGCACGCACUUCGACAUGGCCGAGCCCGCCUGGCUCCAGAUCGGCAUCUACAAGGCCGGUAUCGUGCCGGUGCUGUACCAGAGGGUGCCGUGCGUGAAGCAGGGAGGGGUUCGGUUCACCAUGGGAGGGUUCAACUACUUCGAGCUGGUGCUGAUCUCGAACGUGGCCGGGAGCGGGUCGAUCCAGUCGGUGUGGGUGAAGGGGCCGAACACCGACAGGAUGCCCCUGAGCAGGAACUGGGGCGCGAACUGGCAGUCGCACGCCGGCCUCGUCGGCCAGACGCUCACCUUCGGCGUCACCUCCACCGGCGGCCAGACCCUCGUCUUCCAGAACAUCGUGCCGGCGUGGUGGAAGUUCGGCCAGUCAUUCUCCUCCAACCUCCAGUUUUCCUACUAACAGGCACACUACAACGGCAUGCAGAGCAAGAUCAGUAUAAUAAGGCUGCAGAUUGAAGAAGCUUACAUAGUGGGGAAAGAGCAUGCACCAGGAGAGAGCUAGUGAAGACUAGUAGCCUAUGUAAUGUGUAUAGUAGUAGUAGUACUACGCAGGUCCAUUCAUGGCAAGGCAGGUCGAACUAGUAAUCUCACUCGAGGUUUGUGACCGAUCUAUCAUUCGUUCUGUACGUAGAUGAUGUUAAAACUACAUUCUUGAUGUACAUUGUUCCCACCGGGAAAUGAAAUUAUAUGCUGAGUUUCAUGAGUUACUACUU